AUGCCAGCAGAGAAGAUUGACGGAAAGUUUAUUAGUACGGAUUUGAGAUCAAAGAUCAAGGACGAGAUCGCAACAUUGAAGAAGACACAUCCUUCGUUCAGUCCAAAGAUUGUCAUCAUUCAAGUGGGGGAUCGUCCGGACUCUUCAACAUAUGUUCGUAUGAAGUUGAAGUCUUGUGCUGAGGUCGGAAUCGACGGUGAGCUGCUAAAGUAUCCUGCAGAUAUUUCACAAACGGAGAUGAUGCAGAAAUUGGAUGCCUUGAAUAAAGACGUAUCUGUUCACGGUGUCCUUGUACAAUUGCCAUUGCCUUCUCAUCUUGACGAAGAAGCCGUGACCAAUGCAGUCAAUGUGGAAAAGGAUGUGGAUGGCUUCUCCGAACUGAAUAUCGCUGCAGUGUUCAAAAAAAACUCCAAGUUAAAGAUUGUGCCAUGCACUCCCAAGGGUAUCAUGUAUAUGUUAGACUACGAAAAGAUUCCAUUGGAAGGCAAAAAUGCAGUCGUAUGUGGAAGAUCCGAUAUAGUAGGUGGACCUAUGAGCAAGCUUUUGGAGAAGAGAGGUGCCACAGUAACAACGUUACACUCUAAGACCACUCCUGAACAGUUUAAAUUUUUUUUGAAGAAUGCCGAUAUCAUUGUUUCAGCGGUUGGAAAAGUCAACUUCAUUCACGGCGAAGAUGUGAAGCCAGGAUGUGUUAUUGUUGACGUCGGUACAAACUAUGUUGCUGACGAAACUAAGAAAUCCGGCCAAAGAAUGGUUGGUGACGUCGAUUAUGAAUCAUGUGCCCAAGUGGCGUCGAAAGUGACUCCUGUCCCUGGAGGAGUUGGCCCAAUGACCGUUGUCAUGGUGUUAGAUAACCUUUUACAAACAGCAAAGGAACAAUCACACUUGUAG